AUCAGUAACCAGAUGGACACCGACCACUGCACAAUAGUUGUGGAUCAGUUUGUUUUGUGUUGAUUCCUCGUGCCUUUUGUAGCAAAAACAACCCGUUUCUGCAUUCCCGGUGUAAUUUGUUCGAAACAGUGAAUCGGAACUUAUCAUGGCGAGUAUCGAAAAAGAAGACAACAUCCACUGGAUCCUGGAUCCCGCCGAGCCAACCCUGAAGGAGGGCGGAUCCUACAUUAUGGAAGGACACGAAUCGGCCGAAGCGAAGAAUGUCAGCAUCAUCUUCUCGCCGGUGCAGGAGGAAGCCGGUGCUUUGGCAAAAAUGCUGAAGAUCUUCGACGAGCAUCGAGUGAACCUGCUGCACAUUGAAUCCCGAUCCUCGACCCGUGGACCCGGGUACGAGUUCAUGGUCGAAUGUGACAGCAAAAGCCAAAACCUUAGCGCAGCCAUCGAGGCUGUGCGGGAGAAGAGCGACUACUUCAACAUCAUUUCGCGUGAUUAUAAGGAUAACGAAGCCACCGUGCCAUGGUUCCCGCGGCGUAUUCGUGAUUUGGACCGGUUUGCCAACCAAAUUUUGUCCUACGGUGCUGAACUGGAUUCGGAUCAUCCUGGUUUUACCGAUGAGAAGUACCGUGCUCGGCGCAAGUACUUUGCCGAUAUUGCAUUCAACUAUAAGCACGGUCAGCCAUUGCCGCAUGUCGACUACAGUGAGGAGGAGACCAACACUUGGAAGGUGGUGUUCCAGAACUUGACCAAACUCUACCCAACCCACGCUUGCCGAGAGCACAAUCACGUCUUCCCUCUGUUGAUUGAGAACUGCGGCUAUAGAGAGGACAACAUUCCUCAGCUGGAAGACGUGUCCAACUUCCUGAAGGAUUGUACCGGUUUUACGCUACGUCCUGUUGCGGGUCUGCUGUCUUCCCGUGACUUCCUCGCGGGUUUGGCAUUCCGUGUCUUCCACUCGACCCAAUACAUCCGCCACCCCAGUAAACCGCUGUACACCCCUGAGCCAGACGUGUGCCACGAGCUGCUGGGUCAUGCUCCUUUGUUUGCCGAUCCAUCAUUUGCGCAGUUCUCGCAGGAGAUCGGAUUGGCUUCGCUCGGCGCUCCUGAUGAAUAUGUCGAGAAGUUGGCUACGUGCUUCUGGUUUACUGUUGAAUUUGGACUGUGCCGCCAGAACGGUGAGCUCAAAGCCUACGGUGCCGGUCUGCUGUCCUCGUUCGGCGAGCUGCAGUACUGCUUAUCGGACAAACCUGAACUCCGUGAGUUCGACCCACCGGCCACGGGCGAGCAAAAGUACCCAAUCACUGAGUACCAACCGGUGUACUUCGUGGCCAGCAGCUUCGACGAUGCCGUGCAAAAAAUGGUUGUGUAUGCCAACACCAUCCCGCGUCCGUUCGGCGUCCGCUACAAUGCGUACACGCAGAGUGUGGAAAUUCUCGACUCCAAACCGCAGAUUUCCAACCUGAUGCGCAACAUCCACGGAGAGUUUGAAAUACUGCAAAAUGCUUUUAAGAAACUGUAAAAAUAAGAAAUCAUAAGUGUUAAGUUUUACUCCAAAUACUUUUAAGAAAACCAUCGUAUGUUUAAGAAUACAAAUGUUAUUGAUAAGACUGUGCGAAAUAAUUAAAAACAAUUCCACCAGUA